CAUGUUUACAUUAACUUACAAAAUACAAAUACUGAAUGCCUACAACCAAAAACUUUAAGAUUGUCAUUCAACAUCAUAGUUUUAUGUUAACUUUAGUAUCAUGUUAUAAUCCUAAUUCUAUUAUUUACAAUGCGGCGUAGUCAAGCCCCAAGCCAACUUGGUUCUAGUGAUAGUGUGUUCAAAAGUCCUUUGAUGAAUUAUUCACGCCGAAAGAAGCGGGAAUGUACAAAAAUACCUCUCGCCCAGAAAUCGCUGUCACAAACUUUAAAUAAUUCAGACCACGAGAAUCUGAUUCGGCAGAUACUGAGUAAACCUUUCAAAGUACCAUUACCAAAUUAUGUGUCGUCAUAUUGUGGUAAAAGUUUAGGUUUAAAACGCACACAACUUAGACGAGCACUGCACGAUCCAGAUGAACCAAAUGCUCUCGUUCUAUAUCGGCCACCAUAUAUUCCAGAACAUGAAAAGAUGAAAAUGAAUCCAAAUGACAUUAAAGUAGCAGUUGUUGUUGAUCCUGUUCUAGGAAACAUUCUUAGGCCUCACCAAAGAGAAGGAGUCACAUUUAUGUAUAAUUGUGUCACAGGAAACCAAAUCGAAAAUGCAUAUGGGUGUAUUAUGGCUGAUGAGAUGGGUCUAGGUAAAACUUUGCAGUGUAUAACAUUACUUUGGACACUUUUACGGCAAGGGCCUGAUUGUAAACCAACUAUAAGCAAAGCUAUUAUUGUCUGUCCUAGCAGUUUAGUAAAGAACUGGUCUAGUGAGAUACAAAAGUGGCUCGGACAGAGAAUAAAUUCCUUACCAAUGGAUGGGGGCUCAAAAGCUGAUAUAACUCUCAAAUUACAACAAUUUAUGAACACUUACAAUGCAACUAGAGUUGCAACUCCAGUUCUUAUUAUUUCAUAUGAAACAUUUAGAAUAUAUAGCGCUAUUCUACAUUCAUCAGAAGUGGGUUUAGUACUUUGUGAUGAAGGGCACAGGUUAAAGAACAGUGAGAAUCAAACUUAUCAAGCCUUGAUGGGACUUAAAGCAAAAAGGCGAAUAUUGAUUUCAGGGACACCAAUUCAGAAUGAUUUGACUGAAUAUUUCAGUUUAGUACAUUUUGUUAAUGAAGGAAUACUUGGCACAGCUCAGGAAUUUAAAAAGAGAUAUGAGAACCCUAUUCUAAAAGGCCAGGACGCUUUAGCAUCGGACACAGAGAGAGAAAGGGCACAGGAAUGUCUUCUUACUCUUACUACAAUAGUCAACAAAUGUAUGAUUAGAAGAACAAGCAGCUUACUAACUAAAUACUUGCCGGUCAAGUUUGAACAAGUAAUAUGUGUUAAAAUGACUCCGUUACAAGCUCAAAUAUAUAAAAACUUCAUAAACUCUGAUGCAAUACGCAACAAGUUCUCUGGUAAAGGAGAAAAGAAUACUCUAAGUGCAUUAUCCAGUAUUACGACAUUGAAGAAGUUAUGCAAUCAUCCAGAUUUAGUUUAUGAUAAAAUCAUGGAACAGUCGGAAGGGUUUGAAAAGGCUAGGGAUCUCCUUCCAAGUAAUUAUGACAUUAAAGAUGUCAGACCUGAGUAUUCCGGCAAAUUAAUGAUUCUUGACUGUAUUUUAGCAAAUCUUAAAACAAAUACUGAUGACAAAAUUGUCCUUGUUUCAAAUUAUACUCAGACAUUAGAUCUUUUUGAAAAAUUGUGUCGCAAAAGACAGUAUCUGUAUGUACGUUUGGAUGGAUCAAUGACAAUAAAAAAGAGAGCUAAGGUUGUUGAAAGUUUCAAUGAUAAGAACUCCAAGGAAUGGAUUUUUAUGCUUAGUUCAAAAGCUGGAGGGUGUGGCUUGAAUCUCAUAGGUGCUAACCGUUUAAUUAUGUUUGAUCCUGAUUGGAACCCUGCGAAUGAUGACCAGGCAAUGGCAAGAGUCUGGCGAGAUGGACAGAAAAAGCCUUGUUUUAUCUAUAGGCUACUAGCAACUGGCACUAUAGAGGAAAAAAUUUUCCAACGUCAAGCUCAUAAAAAAGCAUUAAGCGACACAGUUGUUGAUCAAAAUGAAGAGUCUUUGCGUCAUUUCACAUCUGAUGAUCUCAAAGAUUUGUUCCGUUUAGAAGAAAAUACUUUAUCGGACACUCACAGCAAGUUUAAAUGUAAGAGGUGUGUGAACAAUAUUCAAAUAUCUAUGCCACCUGAAAACUCUGAUUGUACUUCGGAUUUAUCAAACUGGUACCAUAGUGCUGACAAGAAAAAUCUAGCAGAUUUAGUUUUAAAACAAUGCUGGGAUCUGGCAAAGAGUAUUUCAUUUGUGUUUCACCAUCGUUCUGCCAAAACUGAGGCACAAGAUAAAGAAGAAAACAAAGAGAAUAUACAAUCCAGUAAAAGAAGAAAGCUGGAAAUUGAUGAGGAUUAUUCUGAACCGGAACAUAGUAGUGAUGAAGAUUAUGAAUAGUUUUGUAUGGUUUUAAAUAUCAUUUGCAGUUAGAGCUACAUUAUUAAGAAUGAAAAGAAUCAAAAACAAAAGAGAUUGUUGACACAAUAGUGAAGAGUCUCAGACCGUAAGUUUUAUCUGGAUUAAUUCCACUAUAUGUUAACAUGUGAUAAUAUAUAUUUAAGUAUAUUUCAUAUUAAAGAAACUUGUCCACAGAUCAAGUAUACAAAUUAGAGUUUAAAGGAUAAUAGUAAUUGUGUGACAUUGAAAUAAGUGUAAAGAUAGUAUUGAGUUAGUUAUAUAAUAAGAGUUGUUUUGUUUUAUAAAUUAUGAAUUGCAAUAUAUUUCUGAUAUAAUA